AUGGCAAGUCUGGCGCUGGGCGUGGGACAGACGAUCGAGCUCAACGAUGGGCGACACGCAGUUGUGCGCUUCCUUGGAUCAACGGGGUUUGCGCCAGGAGAAUGGGUCGGUGUAGAGCUCGACGAGGCUACUGGAAAGAAUGACGGCUCGGUCAAGGGCGACCGCUACUUUGAUUGCGAGCCCAACUAUGGCAUGUUCUUACGCGCUGCAGGAGUCAGUCGUAUCCUGAGUCGCCCGUCGACGAGACCCACGAGCAUCAGCCUUCCACCAGCUCUCGACACGGCCAAAGCUGCCUCUGCCCUGCCUUCACCUACCAAGUCUCCUACAAAGAUCACUCGCACUGCUACACCUUCAACUGCUCAACACACCCGGAAUCCCACUCCUCCCACCGCUGCUAAUACCGCUCGUCGACCUUUGUCCACAGCCACUGCAACAGCUACUGCCAAACCGCGCGCCGCCUCGAACCUGUCCGGUCCUUCUACCCUGUCCGCUGCCGCAAGGAGGACCUCUACUGUGCCUCCAUCCAACUCGACUGCCACGGCUCAGACUCCGCGCAAUUCUGCCUCGACUACUGCACCUGCUUCCUCCCGCUUGACCACCCGCACAAUCUCCACCACCAGAGGCCUCACUCCGGCCGCCAGACAAUCCUCCAUUGCCGCAAAACAGACCCCUGCCGCGAGGCGUACCUCUACCGUACCGAAGCAACCACAAUCUCAAGACUCUCCUUCACCAAAACCUUCACCUUCUGCCGCUCCAACAGACGACUCUCAGAAUACUCAAGACGCAGAAGAUGAUCAAGAUGCUCCGCAAUCAUUUGCUCCCUCCUCGAAGCCUGCUACUUCGCCCGCUGCUUCGCAUACCUCAGCACGUCCAGCCAAGACUACCGCCCGCGAAGUUGAGGAUCUACAGACCAAGAUGAAGAUCAUGGAACGCAAGCGUCAAGAGGAUCGCGAUGCUUUGAAAAAGAUGCAGAAUGUCGAACAAGAGCGCGACAAGUACGCAAACAUUGUCCAGAAGAUGCAGUCCAAGAUGCAGGCUCAGUCGCAUGAACUGAACGACUUGCGAAAUCAACUCAAGGACUCGGAAUCUCGUCUAAUCGAUAUUGAGGCUAUCCAAGCUGAACAUGACGCUGUUGUUGAAAUGGCCACUCUUGAUCGUGAAAUGGCCGAGGAGACGGCUGAAUCACUCAAGUCUGAGCUCGAGGUCUUGCGUACUAGCAACGAGGAAAUGCGCCUCGAGCUGGACAUUCUCAAGGAGGAGAACGAAGAACUAGGCAGAGAGAUGAACCCUGAAGAGCGCACAAGUCAAGGCUGGCUUCAGUUGGAACGCUCCAACGAAAGACUCAGGGAAGCUCUCUUGAGAUUGCGUGACAUGACACAGGAACAGGAAGCUGACCUCAAGGCCCAAAUUGCUAGUCUUGAAGACGAGGUCAACGACUUUGGUCUCCUGAAAACAAACUACGAGGAGACCAGGGAGAAGCUUCUCGCAACUGAGGCCGAUCUUGACGAUAUCCGCCAACAGCUUGAUGCUGCCAUGGGUGCUGAAGACAUGAUCGAAGAGCUGACCGAACGAAACAUGGCCAUGCAGGAGAAGAUCGACGACUUGGAAUUAGUCAUCGAAGAUCUCGAAAAUCUCAAGGAGCUCAACGAUGAACUCGAGAUCAAUCACGUUGAAGCUGAAAAGCAGAUGCAAGAAGAGAUCGACUUCAAGGACAACAUCAUUGGUGAACAGUCCCGUCGUUCUGCACAGCAACAGCAAGCUAUAGAAGACUGCGAGUACACAAUUUCACGGUUCCGUGAGCUGGUCACCAAUCUGCAGGCCGACCUGGAAGAUAUGCGUGCCUCGCGCCAGAUCACAGAGACGGAGGCAGAAGAAUUGUCGAGUCGAAGCCGUGCCAUGAUGGACCUCAACAUGAAGCUACAAAUGUCUGCUGCCAAGACUCAGAUCAAGACUAUCGAUCUCGAGCUGAGACGUCUUGAGGCUGAGGAAGCAGCAGAGCACCUGGCCAUCGUACAGCUGUUCUUGCCUGAUGCAUUUAACGCAGAGCGUGAUUCGAUCCUGGCCUUGCUACGUUUCAAACGUGUAGGCUUCAAGUCUCGUCUGCUCAACAGUCUUGUGAAGGAGCGUCUGAACGGACAGGGCACCAAGAUUGCAGAUGAGGACAUCUUCGCUGCCUACAGUGUGCUUGAUAGACUCACAUGGAUUGCUGAGAUGAGCGAGCGAUUCAUCAACGGCAUCCGCAGCUGCUCUGUCGAUGAAUUUGCACGUUAUGAGAGCGCUUUGUAUGAGCUUGAACCAGUCGAAAGAGCCUUGAACACCUAUAUCGACGCAAUCAAGCGUGACGAUAUGAAAGAGGGCAGGGUAGACGAAGAGCUGCAGAGGUCAAUGGCAGUCAUGUCUCAUCUGGCGUCGAUUCACAUCAAGGAGUCGCUUGCUGCGUCUGCCAAUGAUAUGCUUAUGCAGGCCUCACUGAUCCAGAGCCACUUGGACAGCACUUCGUCAGCCCUGGGAAUGUGCAGGUCCUUGGUGCAGAGCCAGAUUCCAGUCCCCCAAUCCGAGGGCAGCGAGUCUGAAGAACCUAACCUGUUCAUACACCUGGACACCAUCAUCUCCACAAUCAGAAGUGCUCGUGUCGUCGUGAACAAGACGCAUCGCAACGUUACAGACCUGCAAUCACGCUCGCUGGCGCUUGGUUCUCCACACCUUGAACUCUUCAUCUCCGCAGAGAGCUUGACUUCUAAGCUUGCUGUCUUCGGACGCCGCGCUGGUGAGAAGGUUCAGAGUCUCUUCGGCGAAGAAGGCCGUGAGGAGUCCAUCACAUUGGGUGAAACCGAGCUCCUUCUGACCCGCCUGUCAGCAAGUAUCUUUGGCAGCAGCUCUACAGAGACAACGCCUUUUGCUACAUUGACCACAUACCUUGCCUCGCUGACUGCUCAGCUCCAGGAGCUCAGCGAUAUCUCUGCUAAUCUUGAGAAUACUCAAGAGUUUGAGCGUCCUGUCGAGCCAUGGGUAACUCGCAGCGCCACUCUACGCGCAACUAAGCUCACGUCUGUCGACACUGAAGCAGAGGUCGCCCGCCUUACAGAGAUUGUCCGUGAACGCUCUCUCCUCGUCCGCUCAAAGGAGCAAGAGCUCGAAGAACAGAGUGUUCGAAUCGAGAUGCUCGAAGCCCGUAUGGCAGAAGCUACGAAACGAUCCUCUGCCCUUGCGGAUCUCGAGACCUCCAUCACUGCCUUGCAAAAGGAGAAGAGUCACCACCAGAACGCGCUGGCUGAAGCAGAGCAACGGGUUACUAGAUUGCGUAAAGAGAGAGAUGAGUGGAGAAAGUCAGCAGAGGAAAAUAAACCUGAUCCCACUGCCAGCAACACCAUGGCUUCAGAGAUGGGCGGAGCAAGUAAGAUGGAGCUCGAUAGAGCCAAGCUCCGCAUCGACAGCUUGGAAUCUGCCAUUCGUUACCUCCAACAGCAAUCUGUACCCAAAUCUGUCACUUCUGGCUCUGCAGAUCUGGACUGGCUAGAGGCACCGUUGGUAGCACAGCCUUCAAGAUCAGCACAGCGACAGAAGACUCUGCAAGCAGAAGGCAGAACAGCUUUCAGCGAGAUGAUCAAGCUCGUCACCGAUGCCAAACCAGUCUCUCUGGGUAACAUGCCCAAGAACAGACUGGCAUGGCGUCCUGCCGCUCAAACUGCCAAAUGGCAUGCUCAGAAGAAGAGAGAGGAUUGGGCUGCAUGGCAGGACUGGGAGCGCAGCCUUCUCGAUCGAGUGGAAGGCAGAAAGGUCGACAAGAAGAUCACAAAACCUCUGGACCUCGACAGUGUCAGGAACGAUGUAGUCGUUGUAGGGGAAGAUGUCUGA